AUGCAGACUCGUCUCUUUGCGCGUGAGACUGGCGAUCUCCUGCCGCAGGAUUUCGCGCGCACGCUUGCCAGCGACCUUGUUCGCACCUUUGCGCCCGCGCCGCAGCACCGCUUCAAUGGCGAAGUGAUAACCUCGCAACGCCCUUCGAGCGGCAGAUCCUCCUCCAUUGUCGAGGAGAGGGCGCACAAUAUCCGUGCUCAUGGUGCCGGUGUCAGUGCCCUUGAUGUCGACAAGUUUGACGGGCGCCUCAUGAUAUCUGGUGGUGCUGACGGCUCCCUCAAGAUAUGGGAUUUGGAAAGCGCGCCAAGUCCUCAUAUGCUACACACUUUCAGGCCGACACUGACAAUAGCACGCUCGACACAAGAUGCGCGCAGCAGCGCAAACAGGGGCCACAGCCAUGGCAUCACUCAUCUUGCAUUCUAUCCCUUCGACUCGGGAGCGUUCCUCUCUAGCUCAUUCGACAAGACGUUGAAGCUGUGGUCAACGCCGCGCGCAGCCUUGUCGGCCGAGUUUCCUCUUAACGCCACGAUAUACUCACACGCAACAAGUCCUGUGGCAGACCAUUUGCUCGUGGCAUGCGCUACGCAGCACUCCAAUGUACGACUGGUCGACCUCAAAUCGGGUGCCGCGGUGCAAGCUCUCGUGGCACAUGGAGGGCCGGUGCUCAGUACAGCUUGGAGUCCGCGACACGAGCAUAUCCUGGCUAGCGGCCAUGCAGAUGGCAAAGUACGUAUUUGGGACAUCCGGCGCGCAGGCGGCGUUGUCGCUCAGCUCGAUCAGGAAGACUCGCUCGGCGUUGUGCAUCGCUUUACUCUUGCAGCUGCGAAUGGUGCCGACUGGAGCCGCCAACCCCAUUUUCGGGCCUCGUCCCAAGCACACGAUGAAGCAGUCAAUGGAAUCAAAUGGACAGAUGAUGGAAGAUACAUUGUCACAGCGGGCCUAGACCGCAAGAUUCGAGUCUGGGAUGCUGAUACUGGUGCAAAUACACUUGCCAGCUUUGGGUCAUUUAUACAAAAUCAGCACCCAAAAACUGCAAACAUGCUCUUGUCGCCAUCAGGACUCUGCAGCACUGAAGAUUUCUUGGUCUGGGCCAAUGAUCAAGAGAUGCUGGUGCUGAAUAUGCGUGACGGUACCGUUAUAACGCGCCUACGUAGCCCCGGUGUGACAAAUCCUGUUGGUCCGCGCAGCGCUGAAAUUGGUCGAAACAGAAUCACGACCAUGGCUUGGAGGGGUGCUGGGGGAAGCGGCUGCCGCGCGCUUGGGCCUGUCAUGGGUGGCGCGCAAUCACUGGGGACGAUUUACAGUGCUCACUUGGAUGGGCAUAUACGUACAUGGAUGGUGACGAUUCCCGGGCCUGACGAUGUCGAAGAUAUUGAGGAACUUGAUGAAGAUGAACAGGUCCGCGCACAGAAGCGCAAGGCGGUGGAUGACGCAUACAGGAGCCUCAUGGGGAAAAGCAUCACAUUCACAUGA